AUGGCAUUCAAAACCACCGCCGGUCUUGCAUUCCUCGCCCUCGCGGGCUCCGUCAAAGCCCAGUCCGUCGAUGGCUCCAAGUACAACAGCCCGAGUAACGGUCCCCCGGCCAGCUACUUUGCCGCGGCCACGACCCUGCCCGUCGCGGCCUUGCAGUCGGCUGCAGCCAAGGCCAGUUCGGUGCCAUCCAAGGCUACCUAUCCCGUCAAUACGGAUGAUGAUUCCCCCAAGUCGACCAUUCAUAGCGAUUGGGUGAAGUUCAAUCAGGGCGCCGCGCUCAGCUGGGUAGCUGACAUGGAUGUCGACUGUGAUGGCAUAGACUACAAGUGCAAGGGCAACGGAGAUGGUCUGCCCGAGACGAACUGGGGAGCCCUGUCAGCUUAUGAGGUUCCCUGGAUUGUCAUUCCAGACCAGUUUCUCACAGCCAACGAGGACCUACUGCCCGGUAACAACGUUGCCGCAGUGAUUUGCAACGGCAAGAUGUACUACGGCAUUCUGGGUGACUCCAACGGCGACGACCCCGAGGUAACCGGCGAAGCCUCGUGGCUCAUGGCCCGCACCUGCUUCCCGGACGACGAUCUCAACGGAGCCGAGGGACACGCCGAAGCCGACGUAACCUGUAAGCCCUACACCCGCAGUGCCCUGAACAAGAACUACAUCACCAACUUCAGCACUCUGCGGUCAAUGGGCGACAAGCUGGUCGGAGCUCUCGCCUCCAACCUGGGACUCACCUCGAGUGCCUCAGGCUCCACAGCCACCUGCUCCUGGCAGGGACACUGCGAAGGCGCGAUCUGUUCCACUGAGGAUGACUGCUCGGAUGAUUUGGUUUGCGAUAGUGGGAAGUGCAGCUCUCCUGACGAGGAUGAUGGGGACGAUGAGGACGAUGAGGAUGAGGAAGAGAAUGACGAGGACGACGAAGACGAUGACGAUGAGGAUGACGAGGACGAUGAGUGA